UUUAAUCGAAAACAGCAUUUAACUCGGCACAUGGUGAUUCACACUGGUGAAAAGCCGUUUACAUGUGUGAACUGUGGGAAAAGUUUUAAUCGAAAACAGCAUUUAACUCAGCACAUGAGGAUUCACACUGGUGAAAAGCCGUUUUCAUGUCCGUUUUCAUGUGUGACCUGUGGAAAAAGUUUUAUUCGAAAACAGGAUUUAACUAAGCACAUGAUGAUUCACACUGGUGAAAAGCCGUUUUCAUGUGUGACCUGUGGAAAAAGUUUUGGUUAUAAACCGGCUUUAACUCGGCACAUGAUGAUUCACACUGGUGAAAAGUCUUUUUCAUGUGUGAACUGUGGAAAAAGUUUUAGUCAAAAACCGCAUUUAACUCAGCACAUGAUGAUUCAUACUGGUGAAAAGCCGUUUUCAUGCGUGAACUGUGGAAAAAGUUUUAUUCGAAAACAGGAUUUAACUCAGCACAUGAGGAUUCACACAGGUGAAAAGCCGUUUUCAUGUGUGAACUGUGGAAAAAGUUUUAGGCGUAAAUCGGCUUUAACUCAGCACAUGAUGAUUCACACUGGUGAAAAUCCGUUUUUAUGCGUGACCUGUGGAAAAAGUUUUAUUCGAAAACAGGAUUUAACUCAGCACAUGAUGAUUCACACUGGUGAAAAGCCGUUUUCAUGUGGAAAUUGUGGAAAAAGUUUUUGUCAAAAACAAAGUUUAAUUCAGCACAUGAGGAUUCACACUGGUGAAAAGCCGUUUUCAUGCGUGACCUGUGGAAAGGGUUUUCGUCAAAAACAGGAAUUAACUCGUCACAUGAUGAUUCACACUGAUGAAAAGCCGUUUUCAUGUGUGACCUGUGGAAAAAGCUUUAUUCGAAAACAGCAUUUAACUCAGCACAUGAGGAUUCACACAGGUGAAAAGCCGUUUUCAUGUGUGACCUGUGGAAAAAGUUUUAUUCGAAAACAGGAUUUAACUCAGCACAUGAUGAUUCACACAGUUGAAAAGCCGUUU